AUGAGCGAUGCGGAAAUCGACGCGAAAUAUCCCGUCGGAGGGAGCGUUUACAAGGUUGUUUUGGACUGCUCUCAGUCGAACAUCGCGCUCGGUUUACUGUUAAAACCAGGGGAGGACGGCAGACCGGUGGUGAAAACCGUUCGCCCUGGGGGCAAAGCGCUCGGCAAAGUGUCGGUGGGCGAUACCAUCUUAGCGACGACGUACGUCGGUUUGACGAACAUCUCGGAAAACUCCUGGGGUAAAGCGGACCGAGGGUGGGUCGAUACCGCGACGGUGUCGUACGAUGACGCGAAUGCGGCGAUGACUACGAACGCGAACACGAUUGGCUUGAUUUUGGAUCACGAAUACAAGCCGUCUGGCGGCGGCGCGAGGGUGGUGACUUCGUCCAACGGCGAAGACGCCAAGGCGUGGGCGAAGGCAAAAGCGGCCGAGUUGAAGGCGAAGAGAAGCAGAUAA